CAUAUCCGCGUUCCGCAGUUGUUGCUGCUCAGCUGCGCUCUCUGGUCUUCGCUCUACUCCGCCAUUUGUCCACUCUUGGUAACCCUAAUCCUACCCUUGCAAACAAUUGAUGAUUUAGAUGGCAGAGAAGGGGGAGGAAAAGCUUAUUGAAGUUGCCCGCCAUAUCGCCAAGACCCUCGGUCGCACCGACACAAUGGCCGACGACAUCCUACAGAUCUUUUCCAACUUCGACCACCGCUUCUCCCGCGAGAAUCUCGCCGCAGACCGCCUAUCCGACGGAUCCAUCACAGACGAACAGUAUUCCUCCCUCGAUCACCAGUUUGCUCGAUUUCUCUCCUCCGAUCGCUCGAUUUGGUCCGACUCCGCUAACGCCGCCGCCUUCCUCGACGCCGUUGAUUCCCUUAUCUCUGCCGUACGAGAUCUUGACCCUCCGGCGCUUGACCAUGCUAACGAUCUCUUACAGCAGUGCAUGCUCCGGCUCGAGGACGAGUUCCGGUCGCUGAUCGAAAACCCUUACGGCGUCUCCCCUUAUGAACCCGUCCCGCCGCCCGGAUUCGAUUCCGACGGAGAAGAUUCUGAAGAAGAAGAAGAAGAUCAGAUCCCGGUGGCCCCACCAGUGACUGACUACGACUUUGUCAUCGACGCUCUCCCGCCGGGCUCCGUAGCCGAUCUCCACGAGAUUGGUAAAAGGAUGUUCGCCGCUGGGUUUGGCAGAGAGUGUGCCCACGCGUAUAGCCUUGCCCGUCGGGACUUCCUCGAGGAAAGCAUCUGCCGGUUAGGAAUCCGACACCGUGCCACCGCCGACACUUCCAUCUCCGACGAAGUCCAGGCUACACCGUGGACGGAGCUCGAGGACGAGAUCCGCCGUUGGGUCAAAGCUGUGAACGUGGGAUUCCGCAUACUCUUCCCCAGCGAGCGCCGCCUCUGCCUACGUAUCUUUGCCGGCCUCUCCGCCAUCUCCGACCUCUCCUUUGCGGAGGCCUGCCGCACCCCGGCAAUCCAGCUUCUGCGAUUUGGCGAUGCAAUAGCCUCACAUAGCCGGUCGCCAGAGAGGCUUUUCCGGGUGGCGGACAUGUAUGAGGCCAUUCGUGAUGUAAUUCCUGAGCUCAACGCACUAUUCUGUGAUAAAUACUCUGCAUUCCUCUGCACGGAGGCCGUUGCGCUCUGGAAGAAGCUGGGAGCGACGAUUCGCGGGAUCUUCACCGAGCUGGAUAACUUGAUCCGGCGUGAUCCGGCAACAGCUGCUGUGCCGGGUGGAGGGCUUCAUCCCAUCACCCGCUAUGUAAUGAAUUACCUCCGCGCCGCCUGCGCUUCCCGGCAAACUCUUGAGGAGGUGAUGGACGAGGAUGGAAUGGGAAUUGCCGAAAUCCCAGAUCGGCCAUCAUCGCCACUCGCCAUCCAGAUCGCGUGGAUCAUGGAAGUCCUGCAAGGAAAUCUGGAGGCAAAGGCUAAGGCCUACCGUGAACCAGCACUAAGCUGCGUUUUUCUGAUGAACAAUGGGAGGUAUAUGAUGCAGAAGGUGAGAGAUAGCAACGAAUUGACGAUUCUAAUGGGGGAGGAAUGGAUUCGAAGGCAGGCGGCGAGAGAGCGGCGGUGGGGGUCAGAAUACCAGAAAAGCACUUGGAACAAGGUGACAGCGGUGCUGAGAGUAGACAGCAGCGGCCGAGCUCCGGAACCAUCGGUGAUGAGGGAGAGGUUGAAGGUUUUCAACGUGUACUUCGAGGAGACAUGUCGGGCGCAGAGCGGUUGGGUGGUGGCCGACGAGAGGCUGAGGGCAGAGAUGAGGAUGACGGCGGUGGCGAUUGUGAUGCCGGCGUACCGGCGGUUUCUGGAGUCUUAUAGGGGAAUGGAGGGAGGGAAGCACGUGGAUAGAAAUGUGAAGCACAGUGCACAGGAAGUUGAGGCGCGGAUCAAUGGGCUGUUCAUAAGCAGACCUUAGAAGCCUGAAAGGUGGCUUGUAUGAAGAAGAGCUUGUUAACUUAUUACUAUGUGAUUUGGUUUAGUGAAUUGAAUUAUCAGCUCUUUGUGUAAUUAUCUGUAUUUAUUUUAAGAGUUUUGUAAUUGUAACAAAGUUCAUUUUGUAGACUCUAAGAAGGAAGUGUUUACAAGAUUUCCUUUUAGUUGGGUUCAUGUUAGAUUUAAAAUAUUCAGAUGAAUUUAAUUGUAAAUGGUGAAUUAAGGGAUUAUUUGAAACA